GAAGAAAAUAGCGUCACUAUAUUUCACAUUUUCAUAUUUUUCACAGAUGAAAAAAACAACACCUCUCAAGUCAUUAACACAGGAGAUAAAAUUAUUUAGAGUGAAAAACAUUUUUUAGGAGAAAAAUAAUUCAGGAGCAACAUGUUUUUGAAAUCAUAUCAACCCUCAGAAAAAAGCAACAAAAAGUUAAAACCUUCUAAAAAAUACUUCUAAUCAAUUCUCUAGUCAUAAACACAGGAGAGAAAUGAAUUUAGAUCAGACAGAAAAGUUCUCAGUAAGUGGACCAAUUGUACACAGGUUGACGUUCAGAGCCUCAGCCUUUACUUUGAAAGAGUCGACACCGGAAGAAGAGCCGUUGCUGUCUAGAAGACACGCCCAUAACUUCCGGAUGGAUUAAACGUUUGGCGGGACGCAGGUAGUUCCUUCCUUCCUCCUGAGUCCUGCAGGAUCCUGGAGGAUCGCCGCUGGGAGACAACACAGGUCGGUAAUGUUGAAAACACCCGGAGAGACGAAACGGUCGCCGCCCGUCAAAGUGCUGUCCGGUCAGCUGAGGACGGCGGAGCGGAGCGGGACGGCCGACUGCGGAGAUGCGUUCACGGUCAGGCUGCGGGGGGGCCGCUCCCUGCUGGCCUCUCUGGUGUGGAUGCAGGGGACGGUGCUGGAGCUCCAGCUGGACAGAAACACCGUCCUGCUGAUGGACGAGACCGGGACGUUUGCUGUCCAGGGUGUCAACAACAUCCCCAAAGGAAAACCGUGUUUGUCCCAAGGCACAUAUGUCAUGGUGAUGGGUGUCAUCCAGGCCGUCUCCCCGGAGCCAGUCAUCCGUGCCGUGAAGAUGGCAGACCUCUCCGAGCUCGCCGCGCUUCACAGACGGAUGUGGAAGCUGGAGGUGGAGGAGCUGCAGCGGCUGCUGGCCUGAAUGCAGAGAGCUGCCGGUGGAAACGCUGCAUCCGCUUGGCAGCAGGACGACCUGCUCCUGUCACGCGUGUCCGGCUGGGUUUGCACUGUUCAGCUGAUUCUUGACAAAUGGGAGAAACUCUGUCGCAGGACUGAGCAGCAGCAGCAGCAGCACAAUCUCCGAGGGUGUCAGGGCUUGUGACCGGGAGGCGUGAUGCAAGAGUGACAAAGACUCUGACACGAGGAAACAGUAUUUACACUGUGAUGUGUGACGCUUGAAUAACACAAGUUAUUUCCCAUGUGGCUCCUGCUCCUACAGAAGCGGAGCUGUUGGCCUCACUGCUGGAUUUAUACAUGUGUUUAUGCCGUCGUGUCUGCAGUGCUUUGCCUCGGGACAAUCGCUAACACACAAGGAAAACAUAAGUUAUCCAGCUAAAGACAUUAUCUGGCAAACCAUCGUCCUUAAAGGGCCAGUUCACAACAAAUGCUAAGAAAACAUUUUCCUCUUUUCUAUUGUGCUUUCAUACAGUUUAUGAGAGCACAACAAAAAAAAAAACACUAACAUCUCAUCAGCAAGGUCUCUUUCCAGAAAUCAUGACCUGGUUAUGUUUUCUUUCCCCGUCAACACACAGAUGGAAACGUGUUUGUCAUGCGCAUGAAUCUCGUGACAUGAAAAGAAAACUGAAACAGCUCACGACAAGUUCUGUGGAUGAUCUUGAAAAACCAGAUAUCUGUAAGGAGACAGUGUUGUCUAACCCUAACCCAUUAUAUUAGAGAGAAGUCAGACGUCUCAAAAACCAGAACAAUCUAGAUGGAUAAAUAACAUCGCAGGUAAGAGGAAAAAUGUGUAUUUUGACUUAUGGGUGUUUUGUUACCUUGAAAUAAACACUAAAAUUUUAAAUUUUUGUGCUUGGUGAAGAAAAAUAGGGCGUUUUGUAUAUUAACGUUGGAAAAUGUCCUGUCAGAGUCUGCUGCUUCCAUCGUCUCUGUAAUAAUCUGAAUAUAAUAUGUUGGAUGGUUUUACAAAUAUUAAAGAUUCAGGUUUUCAAGCA